AUGAAUAAGGACUGGCACAGCGAUCAUUUUUGUUGUUGGCAAUGCGAUAAUACUCUUACUGGUCAGCGAUAUAUACUCAGGGAUGAUCAUCCAUAUUGUAUUAAAUGCUAUGAGGAUGUAUUCGCAAAUAUUUGCGAUGAAUGUGCGAAACCAAUUGGCAUUGAUUCUAAGGAUUUAUCGUAUAAAGAUAAACAUUGGCAUGAAGAUUGCUUUCUAUGUAAUAUGUGUAAAAUUUCACUAGUUGAUAAGCCAUUUGGGAGCAAAAAUGAUCGAAUUUUUUGCUCGAAUUGCUAUGAUCAAGCUUUUGCAACUCGAUGUGAUGGAUGCAACGAAAUUUUUCGAGCUGGUUUGAUUUUUAUUCGAAUUUUUUUAACUCUCCUAUCUAUCUAUCUGAAUUUUGUCUUUUUUUAA